UGUUUUUUGCGAGGUUGCGCGCUGACGCGAGCUCUGCUUUCAGACUCCAGCGGAGGGACGGACGGGAUCCAUAAUCACAGCAAUGGGCAGAGUUUGCGGUGUUCAGAAAAGGGGUGGUAAGGCAAACCGAGUCGAGCUGGGGCCAAUGCCUGCUUGGGACGAGCGGCUGGCAUACGAGGAACUCCUUUACUGGGACAGUCUGGUUCACCUCGGCGGGCGCCUUCACCCACAAGACUACAAUAGAUACGAAGAACUGCGCUACUGGUACGACUGUCUGUGUUACGAAGAGGAUCUCCGACUGUAUCAGCAUUACACCGCACCGUUACCCAGACGGGAUCCCCAGGAAGGAACCUCAGAAUCGGAGUCAACCAUGUCUCCUCCCUUUCGGCAGCGCCCCAUCCGCAUCUUCGUGAACGAUGACCGCCACGUCAUGGUGAAGCACUCGGCCGUGUACCCCACUCAGGAGGAGCUGGAGGGGGUGCAGAACAUGGUGUCCCACUCGGAGCGCGCUCUCAAAGCCGUGUCAGACUGGCUGGACGAGCAGGAGAAGGGGCCCCCGAAGACGGCCGAGCCGCAGGAGCAGGGGGAGGCGGGCGCCGAGGAAGAGAAGGAGGGGGACGAGCCCGAGGAGACCCCUGAAGAGAGGGCUGCAGACCAGGCCACCAGGACCCUGCGAGGAGUGAUGAGGGUGGGGCUCGUGGCAAAGGGGCUCCUCUUGAAAGGGGAUUUAGAUUUGGAGCUGGUCCUCCUCUGCAAGGAUAAACCCACCAUCACUUUGCUGAAGAAAGUGGCUGAAAACCUGGCUGUGCAAAUCAAGACCGUCACAGAGGAGAAGUACGAGGUCAUACAGUGCAUCAGAGAAGCCGCCAUCGUCGUCAAGAGUACGAAGGAGCCGGUUCUGACCCUCACCAUUCACCUGACCUCCCCGGUGGUGCGGGAGGAGGCGGAGAAGCAGGCUGCUGGAGAAACGCUAACAGUCAACGAUCCUCCGGAUGUUCUGGACAGGCAGAAAUGCCUUACUGCCUUGGCGUCCCUCCGACACGCCAAGUGGUUUCAGGCCAGGGCAAACGGGCUGAAGUCUUGCGUCAUCGUCAUCCGCAUCCUGAGAGAUCUGUGUUCGAGAGUCCCCACCUGGGCCCCACUCAAAGGAUGGCCCCUGGAGCUGCUGUGUGAGAAGGCGAUUGGAACUGGGAACCGACCAAUGGGGGCAGGGGAAGCUCUUCGCAGAGUUCUAGAGUGCCUCGCUUCAGGAAUCCUGAUGGCAGAUGGUCCUGGCCUCUCUGACCCCUGUGAAAAGGACACCACUGAUGCCAUCAGCCACCUGGACAGGCAGCAGCGGGAGGAUAUCAGCCAGAGUGCUCAGGUGAGCUUUUCUUCCACUGAUGUCAUCCUCCAUUUGACCAGACAGCAGAGGGAGGAAGUGACCCAGAGUGCUCAGCAUGCCUUGAGGCUGGCAGCUUUCGGACAGCUUCACAAAGUGCUAGGAAUGGAUCCUUUGCCUUCCAAGCUGCCCAGAAGACCAAAAACGGACACCCCAAUCGAUUACACUGUUCAAAUCCCCCCCAGCACCACCUACACGCCCCCAAUGAAACGGCCAAUGGAGGAGGAAGACAUGGGAGACGACAAAAGCCCCAACAAGAAGAAAAAGAAGCUGCAGAAAAAAGCCCCUGAAGAGAAGAUGGAGCCUCCCCAAGCCAUGAACGCCCUGAUGAGGCUGAACCAGCUGAAGCCGGGCCUCCAGUACAAGCUCCUGUCCCAGACAGGCCCUGUGCACGUCCCGGUCUUCACCAUGGCAGUCGAGGUCGAUGGCAAGACCUUCGAAGCAUCCGGACCCUCCAAAAAGACAGCGAAGCUCCACGUGGCUGUCAAGGUUCUACAAGACAUGGGUCUGCCGACGGGGAUAGAGGUGAAAUGUGCCGAUCCUGUUAAAGUGGAUGAGGUGGUGAAUGACGUGGUAAUGAAGCCUGCUUUUGUAGCUCCGGCAGUCGCUGUGGAAGCGGUUGACGCUGGGGCGCAGAAUCCCGAGCUUGGGGACGGCACAGAGAACGCCCGGCAGCAGGGCCCUAUCCUUACCAAGCAUGGGAAGAACCCAGUGAUGGAGCUGAACGAGAAGAGGCGAGGGCUGAAGUACGAGCUGAUCUCAGAGACGGGGGGCAGCCACGACAAGCGCUUCGUCAUGGAGGUUGAGGUGGACGGUGAGAAGUUUCAAGGCGCUGGUUCCAAUAAGAAGGUGGCGAAGGCGUAUGCUGCUCUGGCUGCCCUGGAGAAACUCUUCCCCGAGGGCCCAGCAAUGGACAUGAAGAAGAAGAAGCCCCCUCCAAUGCACAAUGCUGGGUUUGGUUUGAUGGGAGGGUCUCCAACAGACGGCUCCAUGAACCCCCGGGGCCGAGGCAGAGGCCGUGGCCGCGGGAGGGGCAGAGGCUUCAAUAACGCUGGUGGAUACAACCAAGGAGGAUACGGCAGUUACGGUUAUGGAUCCAACGCCAACGCUGGAUACAAUAAUUACUACAAUAACGGCGGGUACUCUGGGGGAGGCGGUGGCGGGGGUGCAGCAGGGGGUCCAGGCCCGGGAGCUGGGGCAGCGCCGGGAGGUGGAGGAGGAGGGUAUGGCUCUUACUAUCAGAACGAUGGGGGCUAUUCGGCUCCACAGGCAAACCCCAAACCAGCAGGCAAGAAGCCUCCCCACCACCAGGCUGCCGGGCUGCCCAAGCAGCCUUUCGUCGCAGCAGGAGGGGCUGCAGCCAGCGGCCCGACGGGAGGGUACCAGGCCCAGCAGGGCUCCUACACCCAGGGUGGACAGUACUCUGGAUACAACCAGGGGGGCAACCCAGGCAAGAAGAACUUCAACCAGGGAGCAGGGGCAGGGGGGUAUGCCAGCUACAGCACCGCGUACCCAAGCCAGGUCACCGGCGGUGGCACGGGAGCAGCCAGUCAGGAUUACAGCUACGAAGGGUAUGGAAGCAACAACUCCUAUGGCAGUGGAGGGGGUUCCUAUCCUCCGAGCACCCCGGGAGCAGGUGGGGGAUAUGGGGGGGCAGCGACGGCAGCAGCAGGGCCCGCUAGUGGAGGGAGCAACUACCAAGGAUACAACGCUCCUCUGAACUACAGCGCCCAGGGUGGAGGCACCCCGAGUUACAGUGCUGGCACCCAGUCCUCGUACUCCAGUCAGGGUGGAUACGGCAGAGGCGAUCAGAGUAUGAAUUACCAGUACCGAUAAACUGAACACAGGUUUCACAGCACCACCCCCCUUUUCUUCUUUUCAAAUGAGCAACAAAUCACACUUUUUUUUUUAAGAACUGCCAUUUCCCUUGCGUUUUCAUUUUUCACACAAUCUCUCGGAUAACCUGACUCCUGUAUAAUCAUGGGAGAUUAAGACAGGGGGGCUUCUUAACCAUUUGAGGCUUGAAGUUCUGUGUUGCAGCAUUUUUGUUGGAUCGUGUGCAGAGUUUUCGUUUUCUUACAUAUUUCAGACCAAAAAGUUCACGCUCGUCUGCAAAUAAACUCAGCAGUUGACCAGAAUCUUUGAACUCGCCUGCCCUGUAGUUGCAACAUUUACAGCUCUGCCUGAGAUUACCACUACAUUUUUAGCUCCCAAGUUCCUACCGUAUGUACAGACUCUGUUAAACCCAUCAUUGGAAGGGAUUCCUUGGGUCCGGUGACUCGUUUCUGAUCCGGUCCCCAUUCAGCCGGUCUGUCGUCUGUUCACUUCUCAUCCAUGGCAGUGUGUAAAAAUGCUUACUGAACCAAUGACAAACUUGACCGAGUUGCGGAGAAGGGGCACAGUUUCCUAAAAUGUAAUAUAAAGGCUUGUUUGUUUUUUAUUUUGUGAACCCCCAGCGUUUAAAGGUUUUCAGAAAGGAGGCUGUAUCUUGCACACAUUUUUGUCAAAGUAUUUGUAAAGAAAAACAAAAAUGGUGUCAUUGUAAUUUUAAGCUAUUUUUUUUGUUUUGUUUACUUUGUUUUAACAAUGACGAGGAUUGUGCUGUGUUUGUUUUUUUUUGUUUUUUUUUUGUAUGUCUAAUUUCUGAAUAUUUUGGCCGGUCAUCCUUACUAAUGAAUUGUAAUUGACUGGGAACAAAAAAAAAAAAAAAAAUAUUGUAAAGUUGUGUCCUUUUUUUAAAAAAAAAAUUGUGUGUGUGUUUUUGAGAUUUGGGUCUGUGGCAGACACACUGCUUAACCAGAUUUUGAACAUUUUACAUAUCCGUCCAGCUCAAUUUUGUGUGAAGCGCAGAUAUAUUGGAACUUUUGAUUACACAGUUUCACCACACUGUCUGUGUGCGGUCUUGCGCUCCUGCGCUCUGUUCAUGUGUCCGGACAGUCUGCUUUUAUCCUCGAACGUUUUUGUUUCUGAAAGUGGCUCACCCAGUUGAAGCACAGCAGCAGGGUGAGUCGCACAGACAGGUGAGCGCAGGUUCGUUACACAAUCAGUGGUCUUUGCGAGAGAUUCUGCAGGGAGUAUCGUUUUCUUAGGGUUAGGGAUGGAGAGUAGCCCCAUAUAUGAGAAUAGGGGCCAGGACCUUGUUGCUGACACCUGCUGUUCAGCUCCUUGGUGGAAACUCACUGGCCAUAUCAAUGAUGGAUCAGGCACCUAUUUAACAUGUUCUCAAAUUACUCCAUUUACAUUGUGCUCCCUGGCGUUGCUUUGUUUUUAUUCACAAGAACAUACUUUUCCUGAAUUCUGUUUUGUGGUUUUUGUAGGAUAUUAAAUAGGCCAGAUGUACCUUUUACAUUAUAUUGUUACAAAUUAUCCUUGUAAAUAGGUUCUCAUUUUAUAUAAACAGUACUGUGUACCAUGUUUACAGAGUAAUUAACCCUCACUGGCAACCAGUUUAGUGAGCCUCCCCUGCCACCAUUGUAGAUUCAAAAUUGCAAACAGACUUACAGGAUGCCUUUGUCCUGAACUUGCACUAAAAAGUUCUAUUUGGAUAAGCAGUUCUCUAGAAUGAUGUGUAAAAAUGUAAGUGUGACGUAUCUGCUGGAGAUUGAGACUCAGUUUUUGAUGAUGGUUCUUAGCCAAUCCUCUCAAUUUGUUUAAUUUUUAUAAAUAUACAAAAUUAUAAAAUAGAAGCAUUA